CGCGCAGUCCCAGUCCGCCACCACCAGGGGUCAGACGCGCCGCCGCCGCCCCUUUCUCUCUGUCUGCCGCUGCGGCGGGCUCCGCUCGGCUUCCUGCUCCGUCGCAGCCGGGCGCUGCGGGCCGGCGGGCCGGGGAGCUGGCGCGGUGCGGCCGCCGAGGGACGCGGGGACACGGCGACACUGCGCGCCGCGGCCGCCCAGCGCAGACAGAACUGCAAAUGAAAGAGAGCUUUUUCCAGCUCUUGUUGGAGCUCUGCACCAAGAGGAUGAGGAGGAGAUUUGGAAGAAGAAGGAAGAACCUGUGGAAGACUAUCAGGGCAGCGGGAGCUGCUGAACAUUUUUGGAACUACAUUCUGGUGGCUUUUUUGAUGCAGUAGUGUCAUUAGCUGGCUGAAGACUAAACAUGAGAAUAGCAGGUGCUGCAAAGUUGGUAGUAGUCAUAGCAAUAUUUUUAUUGACAUUUUAUGUCAUAUCUCAAGUUUUUGAAAUAAAAAUGGAUGCAAACUUAGGACACAUAUUUGCCAGAUCAGCAUUGGAUGCAGCUGCACGCUCUACAAAACCUCCAAGAUACAAAUGUGGGAUUUCUAAAGCUUGUCCUGAAAAGCAUUUUGCAUUCAAGAUGGCAAGUGGAGCAGCAAAUGUAGUUGGACCUAAAAUUUGUGUAGAAGAUAAUGUUUUAAUGAGUGGGGUUAAAAACAAUGUUGGCAGAGGAAUAAAUGUGGCCUUGGUCAAUGGUAAAACAGGAGAACCAAUAGACACCAAAUUCUUCGACAUGUGGGGAGGAGAUGUGGCACCAUUUAUUGAAUUCCUGAAGUCCAUCCAGGAUGGAACCAUAGUGUUAAUGGGAACAUAUGAUGAUGGUGCAACCAAGCUUAAUGAGGAAGCACGGAAACUGAUUGCUGAAUUGGGAAGCACAUCCAUUACUAACCUUGGCUUUAGAGACAACUGGGUCUUCUGUGGUGGAAAAGGAAUUAAGACUAAAAGUCCAUUUGAACAGCAUAUAAAGAACAACAAAGACACAAACAAAUAUGAAGGCUGGCCAGAAGUUGUUGAGAUGGAAGGCUGCAUCCCUCAGAAGCAAGACUAAAACAAAACAAAAGGAAAGAAUGUGGAAGAAAAUGCACUUUCUGCUAUUAAUAGGGAGAGGGCUAUGAAGGAAACUGUACUGUAAAUAACAUUUUUAAAGCAUGCAACCAUCCUGUCGGUGUGUGCAUGAGCACUGACAUUUUGAAUAUUGGGAUUAUUUAUUGCUAACACACAUAGCAAUCCUUUUUGUAAAUAUGUCCCCCCCAAAAAAUCAAAUCAUUUCUAAGCAAGUUUCCUAAAAGCACAGCAUUUAGUUUGCCUAAAGUAAAUAAUAUGUCUUAGAUCAACUGGCUAAUAAAUUCCAUAUACCAAUGAUAAACAAUUAGAUCCUGACAGAUGUUGUACUGUUCUCUAACAGCGUAAUGUUGCUGUGAGUAUGUAACCUUUGUGGAAUAUGUAGAUUUUAGUGAUAAGUUAAUAAAGAGCUUUAAUUUUUUUUA